CACCGCGAACGCUUUAAAGCCUGCAGCACUUCGGGAGGGGGUAUCAACCGUUCUAGUUUUGGAUGAGUGGGAACCUCUUCGUUCGCGUGGUGCACCGUUGGGCGUGGUUUGCUGCGCGACACGUUUUGACACUGACUUGCGCCGCCUGCUGAACAAGAUUGGAACCCCGAACCGAACCUCCACGGCAACACUGCAUCCCAUGGUCCAUCAACAAAAAGUCCUCCAAAAGUUUCUGCUCUGAGAAAAUUCUGCCUAGGGUACCACAUAUAUAAGAACCGUUCCACUGUUCUUUCGAGAACAGCAUUCAAAAGCACUUCACGCUUUACAUAUUCUCUGAACCGACCUUCGCCAUGGCUUCUCAGCAGCAUAUCGACGAGAAGAUCCGCAUAAUCCCGUGGGCAGAUAAGUCCACCGUCGAGUGGCAGCGCAGACCUGCUCAGCAAUCCACCACGCUGGAGCAGACCGCCCAGUCAAAAGCCUCUGUCGACAACCUCGCGGACGACAGCAGCUGGCCAGUGCUACUUGAGCCCCGUACAACUCUUUCAGAACCCCCCACACGGCGCCUUGUCUGGAGACUCCAUCCACGACCGAAGGCCUGCAGCCCCAGCAAUAUCGACCCAGAGCGCGCUUUCACCUGCUUCUCCGCCCUCCCCAGCGAGCUCCGCCUCAUGAUCUGGCACGAAGCCUUCGACGCGACAUCCACGCUGCGCCCCCCAACCAUCCGCCAAAUCCCCCAUUCUCCCUACAUGGCCAAGGAACCAUCCCCAGUCCUGACGCGCGUAAACCGCGAGUCCCGCAGCGAGUCCCGCAAAUUCUACAAAAUCCAAACCAUCACCUUCCUCGAACUAAGUCCCCCAAUGGUCCUGUUCUUCAACCCCGGCGUAUACACGCUCUUCCUAGACACCAAGCCGCGCCCCGAGGACUAUCACCCCCGGCACCCAGCAGCGCGCUGCUACUGCGCCGAGCAAGCCGGCACCGUGGAACCAUGCCUCUGCACCAUCGGCCGCCAGACGCCAAUCCUCUGGCCCGCGCACCUGCCCUCCCCGCCGCCGUGCCCCUGCCCCCACGCCUCCCUCAUGGCGCGCCAAAUGCACUUCCUCACCCUCUUCUACGCAAGCGGCACCCGCCGCAUCGCCCACAUCGCGCUGCACGUCCACGCCACCGAUCGCAAGUGGGCCGUGCAGCUGCCCGUCUGGCUGUCGAUGGCGUUCUGGCACGCAACGCGCGUAACGUUGGUCGUGCACCCGGAGACGAAGCUGCCGGAUCUUGCGGAGGCGUGGAGUGUGUACCGCGAGCCGUUUGUGCAGUAUCGCCGGUACAGCGGGUGGAGUGCCAAUAUGAGAUUGUGGGUUGCGGAUGAGGUGUGGCGGUGCUGGUGGAGGUUGGGGGCUGGUGAGGCGAGGACGGAUUGGAGGCAGGAGUCGAGGAAGGGGGCUGUUAAGUUGGAUCAUCUGUUGGAGGCGGGAUUGUAGGGGACUGCGGACGGGGUGGGUGUUGGUUUGAUUGGUGGGGGCUGUUGUACUCACUCGGCAUUAUACACAUGAAAGCUUUAUAGUCCAUCCUCGAAGUAGG